GGAAAUAAUGUAUUUAUGUUUCUUUUCCUUCCUCCGCAAAUAGUUCACACACACAUACACUCUGCGGCAACUCAAAAUAUCCCUUCAAAUUUAAAUUUCCAGAUUUUCAGUUCAGAUUUUCUCGUAAAUUUUCAGAUUUUGUCUAAUUAAUAUUAUUUUCGUCAGCUUAAUGAAUUUAGCUGCACAUUGAAGGGCUGUCGUCAAGUGCCGUCAAAAUCGUCUCUUUCAUUUGAUUGUGUCAUUUCAUUUAUUUUUUUCUGCAAUGUUAUGCGGGAAAAGUACGUUUAAAAACAAGCGUGGAUCGGUUGAUGUGCACCUGAAUGUGUACGAUCUUUACUCCGUUAAUGGCUAUGCUUACUGGCUGGGACUCGGGGCCUACCAUUCAGGUGUUCAAGGAAAUCGAUUGACUUAUGGGAACAUGGAGAAGUUGUUUCACGGCGUGGAGUAUGCGUUCGGAGCUCAUGAGUAUCCCACAAGCGGGAUUUUCGAAGGGGAGCCGAAAAUUUAUGAUGGGUUCACAUUCAGAAAAUCAAUUUUGAUAGGGUGGACUGAUAUGACCCCUGAGGAAGUAAGGGGAGUUAUGGAGGAGCUUGGGGAGAAAUACAGGGGAAAUGUUUACAAUCUAAUCACGAAAAAUUGCAAUCAUUUUUGCAACGAUGCCUGCAUGAAGCUAACCGGGAAUCCAAUCCCUAAUUGGGUUAAUCGUCUUGCCAGAAUCGGUUCACUGUGCCACUGCAUAAUCCCUGUCAGCUUGAACUCAACAAAAGUUGGGCACCACAAAAUUGAGGAGAAAGAAGGGGAGAAGAAAAGGCUGACAGGCAGCUCGUCUAACAGGUUAUCCAAUUCGACUUCGACUAGUUCAACUUUGUCUUCUUCAUCAUGUUCUCCACCAUUGGAGACAACCAUCGGCACUCAAAGCCGAAGCCCUUUGCCUUUGUAAUUCGUUCAAUUUCCCAAUUGUUCGUGGAGGGGACCGAUCAUUUGCUAUGGCAAUAUUUUCUUCAUUUGAUUUUUUUUUUUCCUUAACAGUUUGAUGAGACUCAGAAAUAACAUGCACAAGCAAGAAUAUCUGUACAUGCAAAUUAAAUUGGUGCCAAUGGAAGUGGCAUAUAGUUUAAUCCCUAUGUUAAUUUAUUCAUUAACUUUGCA